AUGAGCAAUCCAGUAGGCUGGGGCUCGUUCGUAGCUCGGAUCAACGGUCCACCAGUUUUCACACCAGCUUUCUUCAGAAAUUGGAUGGCUGCCUCUGCGUUAUUGAAUAGCGGCCCCCUAAACCAAGCUCAGAUCAAGACCCUCGAUGCUGAUGGAAAUGAACAUAUUAUUCCGGUUCAGGGAGCAAACAAAGAGUUUGUACUCCUUAGUUACCACCAGUGGUUAUUGCCCCACUACUGUGAUCUAUCAUCGAGGAGGAUUUUGCAACCAGCAUGCUCUCCUGAGUUCAGAGGCAUGAUACUCGGAGUAAAGGAAAGACAGGAUAUUGUACUCCCAGAAGAUUGCUGCCGGUUCAACGGCAAUCGACAACUUUUCGAAAAUGAAAGAGCGGCCUGGAGGGCUUCGACCUUUUGUACACUUUUGACAGAUCAUAUCAGACAAAAUGGUCCACGGAUGCGAACGGUCAACGAGAUUCUCUGUUUUGGAUUCGGUCCACUGAAACUUUCCCAACAACAAGGUUAUAGCGACGCAAACUCCUUCCUCCGGCAUGUAGUUGCGUUAGAGAUCCGAGAUGUACUUAAAGAGGUGCAACCAGUUCGGGAAACCUCCUCAGAUUAUCUCCUGAAAGAGGAGAUUACUGUAGGCGUUCAAGACAGCGACUACUGCGAAGAAUGCAAGUCGAUUUUGAAGAGUUACAACAUCACAGUUUAUGAUACCCCCAUAGGUUUCCACCGUAUUAAUAAGAAUAGUCUCAUUAUGAGCAAAACUCAACGGCUUCCUGUGCGUCAAAUUGUCGCAGACAUGACACAUACGCAGGGAGGGCCGGCUGGUAUGCUGUGUAACAGCAUCCAAGACGAUGGUGUGGAGGGAUGCAAAGAUCAUCGACGCUCAGAUCCUUCUAGCCCUCGACUAUUUCAAUUCAAACUGAAACGCGGGGUUUCAGCGGAGAAAUUUAGCAGUAACACCGUGGUUGGACAGGACCGUUUUGGCAGGGUGUUUGGGGAGUGUGUCUUAUAUCUUAACCCGAAAGAUUAG